AUGUUUGUUAAGAAUUACGUACCAUAUGCGCUGUGCGCUUUUGCCCUCUCUGCUCAUGCUGCUCCCUUGACUACUCGUCACGAACCUGUUGUUCCAUUGGCUACUCGUCACGAACCGGUUGUUCCAUUAGCUACUCGUCACGAACUCGUUGAUCCAAACACCCAGACUAUGGCUGAAAAGAGAGCAGCAGACGCUCUCACCGGACUUCUUGGAGGAGCUGGUGGCGGAGACCCAUUGUCUGCCUUGUCCGGAAUCGCUGGAGGCGCUGGAGGUGCUAAAGGUGCUGGCGAGACCGCAGAAGCCGCUGAUGCCGAUGAAGCCGGUGCUGGAGCUGCCGCAGGUGCUGGUAGUACGUCCUGA